AUGAUGGGUAAGAAGGCAAUAGAAGCUGCUCGAGUUUUUGUGGAAGAGACUGGAAUCAGUGACUCGCUCUCAGCUGAAGAGUUUCUUGUAGAGAGAGAAGAUAUGCUGCAAAGUUUAUUCCCCUCGUGCCAACUCAUGCCAGGGGCCAGCCGUUUAAUUCAGCAUCUCCAUGCAAAUGGAGUUCCUAUUUGUGUUGCAACUGGUUCACACAAAAGGCAUUUUGAGUUGAAAACUCAAAGGCACCGUGAAAUAUUUUCACUGAUGCAUCAUGUAGUUCUCGGGGAUGAUCCAGAAGUCAAACAAGGGAAACCUUCACCCGAUGUAUUCAUUGCAGCUGCCAAGAGAUUUGAGGGUGGACCAGUUGAUCCACAAAAGAUACUGGUUUUCGAAGAUGCGCCAUCUGGCGUAUUGGCAGCUAAGAAUGCCGGCAUGUCAGUGGUAAUGGUUCCAGAUCCGAGGUUGGACAAUUCAUACCAUCAAAUCUAG